AUGUGACACAAACUCAAAUCUCAACUGCUUUAACUGCAAAGCUGCAAAGAAUUACUUGAUCUCUUCGUGAUGAAUGGGAAGAAGAAAUCUCUUGUUCUUUUUGAAACUGAAGAGCAGCCCUUUUGUUUAAUCAUUCCAACUCACUUGGUGGGUCCAUUAUGGCAUUAUCUGAAUUUCAUUCUCUCAGCUACAGUCAAAGAGAAAACUUGCAUUAAUAUGCUAACUGUUUGGAACUGCAAUGGUGUACCAGGAUUAGAGAUUCAUUGCUUCCCAGGAUAUUUAUAUGGGUGAUGGGUCAUCUUUGGUCUCUUGUUUCCAUGUACGCUGGUUUAAUUGCUUUGACAGUGUUGGAAACUAGAAUUUCCUUUUAUUGUCAUCUUUAUUGGCUCCUAGUUCUUUUACCGUAUUUUUUAGGAUCCAUAGAAAUUCAGGGUAGCCUUUUUUGCUUUUCUGAUCUGAUAAGUUUGGAGGAAAAAGGGGGACAAAAUGUACUGCACUGUGACCUGUUCUCCUAAUGGCUUAUAAGGUCUGUGUUGGCAUCUUGUUUGUUGAUGAGUUAGCGGCAUAGACCAAUGUGCUGCCACUGCUAUGACAACCAAUCACUCUAAUUAGGCUUUGGUCUGUCAUUUUCUCUAGUUUUGUCAUCUGUGUUGGCAUCUUGUUUUGUUCCAACGUUCUGUGUUUUUAAUUAUGCUACUGAUGCGAUCAGCUACUCACUGUGUUGACCAAGGGGGAGGCAAGAGAAAGGGUAAUUAGACACAUCCAAAUUCUGUACAUUGUUAUUUUUUAUUCCCAUCUUUUGUUUAGUUUUAAUGUGCCUUUAGUGUUAUCAUUGAUUUACAGAAUGCAUCUGUUAAUAGAUAUUUCAAGUGUAGAUCAGUAACAUGUUCCCUGGACAUCCCAGCAAUUAAGAGCUUGAACCUCCAUGCUGGAGGUCUCAAGUUUGAAUAGUGGGAAAUAUGCAAUUAGUCUUUUGUUCUUUUUCUGGUGUAUAGUUGUUGAGUGCUUCAUUGGAAAUGUUGUCACUUCCAUUGGUGCUUUUGCUAUAUAUAUAGAGUCAUGGCAUGCUGAUAUCUUUUUCUAGAUCUCAGAAAGAACCAAGGUACUGUUGAAUAGAUACCUGAACUCAAUUUUUUUUAUACAUAAUGAAACUUUGUAGGAAAUGAUUAUGGAAUUCUCCCGUCAAUUGUUUCCCCAUUUUGUCUUGUAAUACAAUUAUCUGCCAGAA